AUGGUGGCUACUACAAAGAGGCUGGAAAUGGUGGCUACUACAAAGAGGCUGGAAAUGGUCGCUACAAAGAGGCUGGAGGCUGGAUAUGGUGGCCACUACAAAGAGGCUGGAAAUGGUGGCUGCUACAAAGAGGCUGGAAAUGGUGGCUACAAAGAGGCUGGAAAUGGUGGCCACUACAAAAGAAGCUGGAGGAAAUGGUGGCUGCUACAAAGAGGCUGGAAAUGGUGGCUGCUACAAAGAGGCUGGAAUGGUGGGCUCUGUACAAAGGUGGCUGGAAAUGGUGGCUGCUACAAAGAGGCUGGAAAAUGGUGGCUGCUACAAAGAGGUGGAAAUGGUGGCUGCUACAAAGAGGCUGGGGAAAUGGUGGGCUACAAGAGGCUGGAAAUGGUGGCUACAAAGAGGCUGGAAUGGGGCUGCUACAAAGAGGCUGGAAAUGGUGGCUGCUACAAAGAGGCUGGAAAUGGGGCUGCUACAAAGAGGCUGGAAAUGGUGGCUACUACAAAGAGGCUGGAAAUGGUGGCUACUACAAAGAGGCUGGAUAUGGUGGCCACUACAAAGAGGCUGGAAAUGGUGGCUACAAAGAGGUGGAAAUGGUGGCUGCUACAAAGAGGCUGGAAAUGGUGGGCUGAGGCUGGAAAUGGUCGCUACUACAAAGAGGCUGGAAAUGGUCGCUACUACAAAGAGGCUGGAUAUGGUGGCCACUACAAAGAGGCUGGAAAUGGUGGCUGCUACAAAGAGGCUGGAAAUGGUGGCUAUUACAAAGAGGCUGGAAAUGGUGGCCACUACAAAGAGGCUGAAAAUGGUGGCUGCUACAAAGAGGCUGGAAAUGGUGGCUGCUACAAAGAGGCUGGAAAUGGUGGCUACUACAAAGAGGCUGGAAAUGGUCGCUACUACAAAGAGGCUGGAUAUGGUGGCCACUACAAAGAGGCUGGAAAUGGUGGCUGCUACAAAGAGGCUGGAAAUGGUGGCUAUUACAAAGAGGCUGGAAAUGGUGGCCACUACAAAGAAGCUGGAAAUGGUGGCUGCUACAAAGAGGCUGGAAAUGGUGGCUGCUACAAAGAAGCUGGAAAUGGUGGCUGCUACAAAGAGGCUGGAAAUGGUGGCUGCUACAAAGAGGCUGGAAAUGGUGGCUGCUACAAAGAGGCUGGAAAUGGUGGCUGCUACAAAGAGGCUGGAAAUGGUGGCUGCUACAAAGAGGCUGGAAAUGGUGGCUGCUACAAAGAGGCUGGAAAUGGUGGCUGCUACAAAUAG